UCUCUUUCUCUAUCCAUUGGUGUGCAGACUGCAGACAGGCCCUUAGCUGUGUGCGAAUCGUGUGCGUGGUAAUCAUGGAGGACGACUCCAACUACUACAUACACACAACUACACAGAGAUGGGCCUGCGUCGGAUUUCGACCCUCAUCUAACGCAUCAUCGUUCUCGAUUUAUUAAAAUUUCGAAAUAGAAGACUGAACAAGGGAGUGAAAGUGUAUAAUUAAUGAGUUCGUGUAUUCAUCUUGAAUUAGUGAUCGAAUGUACUGCUAUAGGAAUUCUUAUGCAAAUGGUAACGAGUGAAAGUCAAGGUACACUGUGAGAAGAAACAGCGCCGAAGGGCUAUUCAAGCAAGGUUAAUUCCUAAUUUUAUAUACGAGAAAAACAGAUAAGAAUUCGGAAAAGUAUGUGCUGCUGCCCUUUCGCACUAAUGGUACUCUCUUUAAAUUGAAAUCAUAAAGUACAAGUAAAAGCGUCGAAUUGAGCGACGUUACAGCCAUUUAAUUUAGAUCUUUUUAAGUAAACAAAACAAGACUGCACAAGUACGAUUUAUACGUAUUUUAUCAAAUUUAUUGAAGUUUUACAAAAUAUAUCAAGCGACGCUCGCCGUGAAGAGCAUCAGUGUUCAAGAUUGCGCUGUUUAUUGUAUGUAAAAGACUGCAUAAAGGCAAGCUGUGUUAGGUUCAAAUACUUCAAGAGAUGCAAAACAUAGUGGAUUCAUUUGGUGAUCUUCCAGCAUUGAAUAAUUCUCACUUGGAGAUAUAUUUAUAAUUCAAGGAUAUGAUUAAAAAACAGAGCGCAAAAGCUUUAAUAUUUGUGGUGAAUUCAAAAUCGCAAGAGAGAAAACAAAUCUAAAAAGGAUCUGGAAAUCUUCCAUUGUCAUUCAAACUUUUUUAUAAGUAUAAGAUGAAGGAAGAAAAAGUUGAUUAUGAUUUGCUGACAGCAGCUGCUCAAAGUGGAGCUUUGACUUUAACUAAUGCUGGAGCUCUUCAGUUUAAUACAAUUAUUGCUCCAAAUAGUAAUGAGACUAUUUCUAUAGUCAUACCUUGUUUACCUACACAAUUAGCAAAUUUGUCAAAAAAUGGAAUCUUACCUCAAGUUUUGAAUAAAAGUUCAGAAAACAAUGUUGUUGCUAUUAAAGACACACCAAAAACACCGGUACGCAAAGCGCCACCUACUCGCAUAAAGGAAGAUAAAACUAAGGGUUGUCCAUACCCAACAUGUAGUAGAUAUGGUCGAGCUUUUUCUCGUGCUCAUGACCUCAAACGUCAUAUAGCCCGACAUGAGCAACGUGAAAACAAAACAUUAACUUCAACAACAACGCAGCAGCAAGUUAUACAAUCUGAAGUUCCCCUUUUUCCUUGCCCUUUAUGUGGAUCACAAUUUUACAAUGAAGUAUUGCUUGAAAAGCACAAAUCAAUGGCGCAUGGACCUGCAAAUCUUCCAAUAUCUCAAGGACCCUAUCUGUGCCAUGUUUGCAAAAAAGUAUUUGAGCAUGAAACACAGUUUCAUUCUCAUAUGUCUACUCAUGUUAAGAGCGAAUCACAUUCAAACACUAUGUUAACGUUCCAUCCACAAAUGACAUCCCCACCUCCUUUGGCACCUAUUAGCAGUACAUCAAAUAAUAGCUCGCAAUCAACUUCUGUAGAUGAUGAUUUUCGAUUAGAAGAUAUGCUGUUGAUACGUAAACCUCUUGGACAACAGCCACAAAAAAUAUCAAAUUCACCCUCCACAAAUGGUAAAAUACGCUGUGAAUACUGCAGCAAGACAUUUAAAACUAAGUGGACUUUAAGCUCACAUGUGGCUGCACAUGAAGGAAGAUAUCAAUAUCAGUGCUGUAUCUGUACCAAAAGAUUUGUAAGAAAGAGUCAUUAUGAGAGUCAUGUACGCUCACAUAAUGCAGCAAGACCUUUCGUUUGCGAACAUUGUGGUAAAACAUUCAAAGAGAGCAAGCACAGAAGAGAACAUUUAAAACGAAAGCAUCCUGCUAACAAAAACAAUGCAAUACAAUCACUUUUAGAUAGUUUAAGUGCUAGUGUAAAUGAGGAUUCUCCAUCAACUGUACAUGAACAAAAAUUGGUGAAUGAUCAAAAACUUACAGUUUUAAUGCCCAUGAAUUUUACGACUUAAAUUUCUGAAAUUUAGACGGUUUUAUGGAGACUUCAACUAUUAUAUUUAAUAAUUUUAUGGAAUGCUACGAUAUUUGAAACUAUAAAUUCAAAUUAUUGUAGCAUUAAAACAGUGAUAAUGGAGUUAGAAGGUAUUUUAACAAUCUAAAUUCCAAAGAAGAAAAGCUGUUGUAAAUUUAGACGAUGAGUUUUUAUUUAUUUAUUUAUUUUUUUUUUUCAUGAAAGAAAUUAACCCAUUAGGUUCGGGGUGGACACAUUUUUCAUACUUUUUUGAACCGUUAUACUUUUGCUGAAAAUGGGAUCUGGAGAACUAGCGAGUAAGCAUAGUCUACACAAAAUUUAAUGAACUUUCCGAAUCCGGUGUCACAUAUU